UGGACGGUCGUAUACGUUUCCCACCCGACGGGCUCAUAUGAUAUAGCCUCGUCCUAGUCUCUUACAGUGAUCCUACGGACAUUUGAGCAACCAUGCUUUCUUUGGAUCCUAUUAUUGGGCUGCUAAUACUGUUCUGCUCAUCAAACAUUUCCGAUGCUGUGUCUUCAUGCGGUAACUCUAAUCUGACGGCAACAUCCAACCAUAGCUAUCUUGAAUCUCCCGGGCACCCAGCGAUGUUAUCCAGUGAUGAAUCCUGUACAUGGUUAAUCUCAAAGUCGUCAAACUCUGACAUGAUCCAUGUACGUAUUGAAGUGAUCGAUAUGAACAUGACUGUUUCAUUAACUGCCUGCACGGAGGAUUACAUUGAAGUAUUUGAUGGACCUACAACAUCUUCACAUAGCUUGGGGAAAUGGUGCGGAAAGCAAAGGCCAAAAGUACAGAGUACUUGGAAUUCCCUUACUGUGUACUAUAAGAGCAGCAACACUAGCACAUCCAACAGGGGAUUCAAGCUCGAGUAUUUCGAAACUAAAGAAUUGUUGUCCUGUGGAGGGUUUUACAAUUUUACCGGCUCCUUCCUGCAAGCCCCAGGUUAUCCUACAUCAUACAGAACUGACACGAACUGUAUCUGGCUGAUAGAAGUUCCAAAUGAUUAUAAUAUACGUAUCAUCGUUGAAGACUAUGACAUACUGGCGUCUAAAGAUUGCAGUGUUGAUGACCUUCGUUUUGUGGACGGAAUGAGCCCCCAUUCGCCGGAAAUUGGAGUAUUAUGUGGCACGUUACCUCCGCGCAGCGGCGUUCUGCAGUAUACGUCAUCUGGUCAAGUACUGCGGGUCGAAUUCUCUGCAGAUCCCUAUCGUGCAGUAGUGAGACCCAGAGGCUUUAAACUGGCAUAUUUGAAAGGAAAAUUUGACCCAUGCACAGAUACACACCUAUUGGCAUCUAAGGCGCAACAGUUCAUUACGUCGCCGAAUUAUCCUGAUAACUACACAAGUAACAGUAACUGUUUGUGGCGAAUACAGUCCACCAGACCAGGAUAUCUGGUACAACUGACCCCACUUCACUUCUCGCUGCAGCAAUCUCCGAACUGCAGUUCUGAUUACGUAUCUGUGUAUGACGGUUCGAGUGCGGGACCCGGGGAGGCCCCUAUAGGACGAUGGUGUGGUUCUCACAUGACAGCUAUACACAGUAAUCAAUCAACCAUGCUGUUUAUUUUUCACACUGAUGGCAGUCAUUCACAGUCGGGUUUCAACAUCAGCUACACUGAAAUACCAUCACCAAGACAUAUCUCUGGUGGUACAGGAAUGGGUGUUUCGGUGAUUUUUUAUUGGCUAUCUGUUGUCACGUUGGCAACUGUUUUGUACCUUUAAAUGUCAUAUAGACACAUGGACGGCGAAGUAGCAUUUAUAGUACAUCUGGGUAUAUCCUUAUGAAAGUGUUUUGUUGCUUUUGUUAUUAUAUAUAUAUCCUUUUAAAAAUAUAUUUUGACACACACGGGUUUAUUUGUCUUUUUUGGUUAAUUAUUUAAUUCUAUUCCACGUGACAGUACAUAUUUAUGAUUUAAGUCGUAGAAUAA